AUGAUCGUGGUCGCCAUCCGUCUCCGAUUGGUAGACCUCCUACAAAACGCAGUGGUCGGAUAUGGUGCCUUUUCAGGGGUCGGAGCCCCCGAGGAGGCCACAAUAAACACAGUUGUGCUCCGAAGAGGCCGGAAGCUCGCCUUCAUCUGGCAUCUGCUUUAUAUCAGCUCCUGGGUUCUCAUCAAGGCCAGCGUAUGUGCCGCACUGCUCCGUCUUACCUCCUACCAGCGCAGACGGUUCUUUUUGGUCUUUUUGAUAGGGCUUGCCGUCGCCGCUGCGGUAGCCUUCCUCGCUGGCGUGCUCGCUCAGUGCUCCCCGAUCCAGGCGGUCUGGACUGCUGAACAAGAGCUAUGUCACAACACGGCGGUGGUCGUCGGAGGUUUUUAUCUGGUCUCGGCAGUCAGCAUAAUCGCAGAUAUCGCAGUGGCAAUCAUUUCUGUGGUUAUUCUCGGCCAUGUCAGAAUCCCAAAGGUUGUCAAACGAUUUGUCGCCGUGAUCCUGUCUCUUGGGGUCUUGGCGUCCGUAUGUAGCAUCAUCCGUCUUACGUACCUCCCAUCUUAUCCUCGUGGUGGAGGUGAUAUCUGCAAUAUAGGGCCUAUUGUCUUGUUAUCCAUCCUCGAAACUAGCAUCGCAAUCAUUUCAGCUUUCCUACCGAUGCUCUGCAAGCUGUUGGGCACCGUCCCUCGACCUUCCACCGAUUUAGGGGGCGCUGGGAUCGACCUCUCUACAAAAGCGAUUCGCUGGAACACCAAGGCGAGCCCGGGGCAUAUCUCGUUGAUGGAACUUGCUCCUACCAACAAUGCCUCAUCGACAAUAGAACCCAGUCACGACCACCACCUCGCUACCACGACGGCGGGAACAAGGGAUACAUUCUUGUUGCAGGCAGAAGGGAUAGGCACGGUGUGAGGCUAUUCCGGUUGAUAUGCUCUAAAGAGGAAAGGAUUUAAAGUGCAGGGUCCCGUAAGGGCCUUUGCCCUUUAUAUACACGUAACUCC